AUGGAGCAGGAGGCUGAGGAGCUGAGACAGUGGCAGGCUCCGCACCAGGAGGCACCGGAUAAUGAGAAGUCAAUGUCCAUCUUGGACAUAUCUCCACCUUCUGGAAGCAGUGGAGUGCACACCUCUUGGAACCAUGGUCUAGCAGACAGUCUACACUUUCCUCAGAGCACAGAGAUGUGGAGGACUCCCUUGCUGUCUGCUGAGGCAUCCAGCCAGAAUGUAGAUGAAGUGGGGCCACAGUUCAGCAUGCCACUGCCUGAGCAUGGUGGAAGCCACUGUCCCCCAGCGACUCUCAGUCCUCCCCAGAUGAUAUACUAUCAAGGAGUGUUUCCCUCUCAGCAAGAGAUGAUUGUCAAGGGGCCCCAGAUUAUGCCUGUAGGGGAACCCAAUAUUCCAGAGGUGACCAUGACCUUCAGUGGAAAUCUAAGGAUGGUUCCCAAUGGGCUGCCAGUUUCAGAUUCCAGCAGAAUCUCAAUGGUAUCCCACAUCAGGGUCCCAACAAUGCCUUAUCCUGGCCCCUUAACAGUUUCUCAAAGCUCCUCUUUAGCACCUAAAAUGUUAUUGGUCCCAACUAUGCCUCCCACUGAGGCUCAGGCUAUGCUCCCAUCUUUGGCUCAGAUGUUGCCCCAUGACCCUGGGAUGUCCUCAGCUGAGUCCCAAUCAUUGCUGGUUUUAGAGCCCCAGGACUCUUGGAUAAGUCAGCCAGAUUCCCAAGAAGGCCCCUUCCUAUGUGAGCAGCCCACACCUGCUCCACAGAGAGCAGAGCAGAACUUUGGGGUCCAGGAAAGGGCAUGCAGAGGGGAAUUCUUAGAUAUAAGGCCUUACCGCUGCCAGUACGAAAACUGUGGAAAAGCUUAUACCAAGCGCUCCCACCUUGUGAGUCACCAGCGCAAGCACACAGGUGAGAGACCCUAUGCAUGCAAGUGGCAAGGCUGUAUAUGGUCUUUCUUCCGCUCUGAUGAGCUUGGACGACAUAUGCGGAUACACACCAGCUAUAGACCACACAGAUGUGAUCAGUGCGGCCGACAAUUCAUGAGAUCUGACCACCUCAAGCAACACCAAAGGAUUCAUCAGCAGAUGCCAGUGUCCUCAGACCCACAGACCAACAAUGGUAGGAUGGAUGGUCCUCCUCCUGGUCUGUAG